AUGCCUCGGUCGCCGAUCGUCCAGGGUCGUGGUGGCAUGCACUUUAAGCGUACACUGGCUCAGUUCUCCCUCGAAAACAGGGUUACUCUUGUGACUGGUGGUGCUCGCGGCCUGGGAUUGACCAUGUCCCAGGCAAUUGUGGCCUCGGGGUCGGAUGUGGCUAUUGUUGACUUGAACAGAGAGGAAGCGCAAGACCAGGCUGCAAAGCUCGUGGAACAAUUUCAGAAGGAGAAUCCGGGUCUUGAAUCUGAUCAAUUGCCCACCGUCACCGCUCACUACGCCGAUGUGUCCAACCCCGAGUCUGUGAGCAAGGCUAUUGCAGAAGUCAUCGAGAAGCACGGCAAGAUUGAUCACCUAGUGACUUCUGCUGGGUUUACUGAGAACUUCGACGCCAUAUCCUACCCUUAUGACCGGAUGCAGAAGUUGUGGGGCGUCAACGUGGAUGGCACCUACCUAUUUGCUACCGGAGUGGCCAAGCACCUCAUGGAGCGCAAGGCACCGGGCAGCAUUGUCAUGAUAGGUAGCAUGUCUGGUGCUAUUGUUAAUGUUCCCCAGCCCCAAGCUCCAUACAAUGCAGCCAAAGCUGCUGUCCGUCACCUUGCCUCUUCCUUCGCCGUUGAGUGGGCCCGACAUGACAUUCGUGUUAACUGCAUCAGUCCCGGAUAUAUGUUGACUGCGCUUACUCGGAAGAUUCUCGAGGAAAAUCCUGACCUACGCGACAAGUGGAUCUCCCUGAUUCCCACAGGCAAGAUGGGCACCCCAGAAGACCUGAUGGGUGCUGUUACCUUCCUCCUGAGUGAUGCUUCCCGCUACGUAACGGGUGCGGAUCUCCGCGUUGACGGUGGCUAUACCCUGACCUAA